GGAGUCCGAGGUAGAAAUACAAGGAUGAAUGAAUACAACGACAGUGUGCAACUGAGAGGAAGGAUAGAGAGAGAGAGAGACUGUGAUACAAUACAAGCCCUUCCCUUCCCUCUCGCUCUCCACUGAUUUCUUUCCCAAGGUUUUUUCUCUCCUCUUUAUGUUUAUCAUCAUGUGAUGUUACUUACUGCCCUCUGCUUAGUAUGAAGAAAGUGCGGGUUGUCAAUUUGUUGGAUGUUCUUUAAGUUUAAUUAUUUAUCUAUUUACCUGCUCUUUGUCAUGGUUGAUGGGAUACAUACAAAAUGUUUCAAGUCGGUACAAACUGUUUUAAGUUUAUGUAAAUCAUACAAGUAGUUUCAUUUUUGUUUUGAAUGAAUUCAUUGAUUCUUGUUUAUUGUAAGUAUGAACUUUGGGUAUAUGAAUGUAUUAACUUGAAACACUAAUGAAAGUGAUGAUGCUUGUUUCAUUGCUUGAUUCUUGUGUUUUGUCUUAAAUAUUACCCUCCUUUUGUGGCAUCUUCUGGAAAGUGAUGCUUACAUGACAUCCUGCUAUUGAUCAUUGUGGUCAUGAUGAAUUUGGAGAUGAGCUUGAGGAGAGGGGUUGGGUACUCUUCUGAUCCAUCCCUCAAGGGUAAAAGCACAGCAGAUGUAUCUAACUCCAGCAUGGAUCAGUUAUUGCGUGGUGUUUCGGAUAUGAAUGUGAAUCCUACAGAAGAUGACGGAUGGCAAGAAUAUGGAAAGAAAUCGAAGAACAAGAAUAAUGCCUCAAAACAGUGGGUGGUUCCUCAGCAUUCCACCCCUAAGGCAUGGGGUCAUGCUGAUACUUUGCAAAAACUUGGUAUGCGAACCGAUGGAGGAACUGGACAGGGCUCCAGUCAACAAUACUAUUAUGGCAGAGGGUAUACUAAGCAACAAAACUAUCCAGUAAUCCCCCCUCCUUUAAAGAAUGGAUGGGGAUGGAACACUAGAGCGGCUUCUUCUCAGCCCUCGGAUGAUGGUGUGACUCAGAAACCAAGUGCGCAAGCAGUUAAUAAUCAGCCCUUUAAGAGUGACGAAGUUGAUGAUGAGUCUGAUGACGUUGAUGACUCAGAUGAUGAGCUUAUGAGCGAUGAUUUUGAUUCAGAUGAAAGCCAGAAAAGCCACGAGACUAGAAAGAAGAACAAGUGGUUUAAGGAGUUUUUUCAGUGUCUGAAUAAUUUAACCGCCGAGCAGAUUAAUGAACCUGAAAGGCAGCAUUGCCCAGCAUGCCAAAAUGGCCCUGGAGCUAUUACCUGGUAUCAUGGCUGGCAACCGCUAAUUACACAUGCUAAGACUAAAAGAUCCAAAAGGGUGAAGCUCCACAGAGAGCUUGCUGAAAUCUUAGACGAGGAACUUAAAAGAAGGGGAAUAAUAGCAGUGCCAGCUGGUGAGGUAUUUGGAAAAUGGAAGGGUCUGGAUGAAAGAGCUGAUAAAGACAUAGUUUGGCCUCCCAUGGUGGUGAUUUUGAAUACCAAGCAUGACAAGGAUGAUAAGGAUAGAUGGAUUGGCAUGGGUAAUCAAGACUUGCUUGAGCAUUUCAGUGAAUAUUCUGCAGUUAAGGCAUGUAAUUCGUAUGGACCACAGGGGCAUCGUGGCAUCAGUAUGUUGAUUUUCGAGGCCACAGCAGUGGGAUAUUCAGAGGCUGACUGCUUGAGCGAGCAUUUCAAAGUCAGUUCCCGAGAUAGGACUGCAUGGCAUAGGAACAAGGUUCCGUUCUACCCUGGAGGCCAGCGGCAACUUUAUGGCUACAUGGCCGAAAAACAUGAUAUGGAGGACUUUAAUCAACAUUCUAAAGGUAAAUCCAAACUGAAGUACGAGGUCCGAUCUUAUCAAGAAAUGGUCGUGAAACAAAUGAAACAGAUGAGUGAUGGCAAUCAGCUGCUCAUGUAUUUUAAGAACAAAGUUGCCAAACAACAGAUGAACAUGAAAGCCCUGGAGCAGUCUGUUGAAAUACUAAGUGAAAUGCUGCGGAACACGACGGUAGAGAAUCAAGUAAUUAAGCUCAGGACACAAAAGCAUCAUGAACAAAACAAAGAAGAGAUGGAUAGUCAGGAGCAAUUCUACAAUGAGCACAUUCAACAGUUUUAUGAACGUGAAAAGUUAACUGAGUCCGAGGCAAAUAUUUCUUCUGCUGAAGAGCGAUUUCGCAGGGGUGAAGAGAUUUCCAGAUUGAUUCAGGUGCAGGACAAAGAGAUGAUGGAUGAGUUAGUCAGCAAGAGGGACAAGCUGAUGAAAGGCCAUGAAGAGCGAAGAUCUGCACUGAAGCGCAAGCACAUGGCUGAAGAGAUAGAGCUGGAGAAGGAGCUUGAUGAGGAAUUCAAUAAGCUCAUGGGGAAAUACACUCCGGCUGAAUCCAAGUAGCACGAUUCAGAGACGCAUGGGACAGCACUGACAGUGAAGAAGUUGUCUUUUCCUGUGCAUUUGAAAACAAAACAAAACAAAUAGUUGUCUUUGCUUCCAAGCACCAUAAACCCUAAAUCAAUUUUAUGGUCUGGAAUGCGAGGAACCUAUCCUGUCCGGCCGGGUGAAUUAUUUGGUCCAUUCUCACUCUGCAUGCGCUACCCGACCAGGUGGUUUGAAGGUUAUACCUACCCGGCCGGUGACGUGCCUUUGGUGUGCUUGUCCGCUUUGGCUUGGUUUCAUCAAUUUUCUCAACAUAUAUUGAACAAAAUCGUUAACUUAA